AUUGACAGUAGGCUGGAGGCAGACGUGAAGAGGAUGAGGUGCGAGUUGCAAAUCUCAAAAAAUGUUGAAUCAGAACUUCGAUCUCAAAUAUCCAACCUGUCAGCCACCGAGAAGUCAUCCAAGGCUGAACUCAACCAACUCAGACAAGAUAAUGAAAGUCUACAAGCCAAGUUAGUUAAACAGAUCCUUGGUAGGCAGCAGGACAAACAGAACCUGGCCAUUGCUGAGAGGAGAUUGGCUGAGGAGAGGAAACAAAAGGCUACAUUGGAGAACCAGCUAACAACUGAAAAGAAGAAAAAGGCGGAAGAAGCGGCUGCCGCCUUGUUUAAGGCCUCAACAGCCGCUGCAGCUAUUAAAUCUGAAUGUAUAUCGGAUAUGUGUAAAUCGAGUAAAAGUGAACUAGAUAAUGAGCUGAAGAAAGUUAAGAAUGAUUUGAAGAGUAAAGAUGACAAGAUCAAACAACUAGAAAAUGAUAUUCAGUCAAUGAAGCAACAGCAAGGUUCCAGUCAAGAGGCAGAGGUCCUGAAGAGUGCACUGGUGGUUCUGCAGAGCAAGAACAGCCAGCUGGAGCUCAGCUUGAGCUCUGAGACAAGACUGAAACUCGACCUCUUCUCAGCUCUUGGUGACGCCAAAAGACAAAUUGAAAUACAGCAAGGCCUACUGAUCCAGAAGGACAGGGAGUUGCGCGAUCUGAAGACUCACAUAGCCGAAGUCAUGGCGUUCCUACCCGUCUCCAACUCUUCGUACUGUGGACCCAACAACUCCCAGCUAGCCAUGUUGUUCUCACCAUCCUCAUCUACCUCCUCACCAUCACCAAUGUCGGCUUACCCCUACAACCCCGGCAACCACAUGAUGGAACAGUCACCACCAAAAACUCCCAUUCUAACUCAUCAUCCUCAGUACUCUCAGCAGCAGCAGCAACAACAACAGCAACAGUACCAACAACAACAACAUCAACAACAACAACAGUACCAACAACAACAACAGCAGCCACAGAUUAAUAGUGAUGGAAGCGUUUCUCCAUCUCCACAACCAAGUUCUCAACAUCAGCAGCAGCAGCAGCAGCUGAAUGGCAAUUAUGGGCCAACAUCAAGUCAACAAAUGUAA